GCCCCGCCCCGCCCCGCCCGCGCGCACCGCCGCACCUGCGGGCACUCGCCCGGGCGUCUGCGGGACCCGCGGGCUCCGAGCGCGCCGCCACCCUCCCGCGCCGCCCUCGCACACCCAGAUACCACUUUUAAAGAAGCCGAAGCGCUGCAGCCCACCGACGCCGAGCGAGCGCUGCCGGCUGAGGCCGUUGCUCUCCCUGUCUGCAGUUGAGCCCGGACCCUGGAAUAGAAAGACAGUUCUCGGUUGGACUGGAAGAAAGGGAAGGAAGACUCCUCUGUUCCCGAGGAGAGCGGAGCGGCUGCCCUAGUGAAGAAAUGAAGAAUCAAAGAAGUAAAGGACCUAUCCCAUAAUCACAUAACUAGGGAACCUUGAGGAGUCGCACACUUUCCAUCCCCAGUCACUGCUCCCCUUCGGGGGAGGAUCCUACUUGCUUGACAUAGAAGGCAAGCAGUUCUUGGCCUGUGAAACCUGAGUGGCAGUGCCUGGCUGUCAGUAUGCUGGCCCCAAUGUUGAUGGACAAGAUUAGCUUUGGCUCCAGGUUCCUGUCCUGAGACCACAGCAGAAAGUGCCUUGGAUGAAGGCUUGGACUCUGGAUCGUCUGGUGACUUCAACUGUCUGGUCUCAGGGUGGAGAACUUUCAUUGUAUGCCUAACCUGUGAGUCGAUGAUGAUGGUGCCUGUCCACUAACUGAACAACUGUGGUGUUCAACAUUCUGAGGCCAGGAACUGUUUCUGAAACACUCUACAGAGCUCAUAGAUGGGAGAAGUCUGGUGAGCACCCAGGGGAUCUAACUAGCAAGCUCUAAAAGGGUUCCAGCUGAAGUUUCUGAGCAGAGCAGUCGCUGUGGCUCCCUAGGCUGAGUUUCCAAGCUGCUGGUUCAUGCUGUUGACAAACUGCAGGAUGGUGCCCGUGGCCAGGCCGCUGUCGCUGCUCCUCACCUUCUUCCUCUGUGCCUGUGCUGAGACACCCCCCAGGUUUACACGAACUCCGGUUGAUCAGACAGGGGUCUCUGGAGGAGUUGCAUCAUUCAUUUGUCAAGCUACAGGAGACCCAAGACCUAAAAUUGUCUGGAACAAAAAAGGAAAGAAAGUCAGCAACCAGAGAUUUGAGGUAAUAGAAUUUGACGAUGGAUCUGGAUCAGUUCUCAGAAUACAGCCCUUAAGGACUCCACGGGAUGAGGCCAUUUAUGAAUGUGUGGCCUCGAAUAAUGUGGGAGAAAUCAGUGUGUCCACAAGACUCACAGUUUUACGUGAGGAUCAGAUUCCUAGGGGUUUCCCUACGAUUGAUAUGGGCCCGCAGUUGAAGGUGGUGGAACGGACCCGCACCGCCACCAUGCUGUGUGCAGCCAGCGGUAAUCCGGAUCCAGAAAUCACUUGGUUUAAAGAUUUCUUACCUGUUGACACAAGCAACAACAAUGGUCGUAUUAAGCAGUUACGAUCAGAAUCUAUUGGUGGUACACCAAUAAGAGGAGCCCUGCAGAUCGAACAGAGCGAAGAAUCCGACCAAGGAAAAUACGAGUGUGUUGCCACCAACAGCGCGGGCACUCGCUACUCUGCCCCUGCCAAUUUAUAUGUCAGAGAGCUGCGAGAAGUUCGCCGUGUCCCACCAAGAUUCUCUAUCCCACCCACUAAUCAUGAAAUCAUGCCAGGUGGAAGUGUAAAUAUCACCUGUGUGGCAGUGGGGUCACCAAUGCCUUAUGUGAAGUGGAUGUUGGGGGCAGAAGAUCUGACACCAGAAGAUGAUAUGCCGAUAGGAAGAAAUGUCCUAGAACUGAAUGAUGUAAGACAGUCAGCAAAUUACACCUGUGUUGCUAUGUCGACGUUGGGGGUCAUUGAAGCAAUAGCACAGAUCACUGUCAAAGCCUUACCCAAACCUCCAGGAACUCCUGUAGUGACCGAGAGCACAGCUACAAGCAUCACACUAACAUGGGACUCUGGGAAUCCUGAGCCUGUCUCUUACUACAUCAUUCAGCAUAAGCCUAAAAAUUCUGAAGAACCAUAUAAAGAAAUUGAUGGGAUAGCCACCACACGCUACAGUGUUGCCGGAUUAAGUCCCUACUCGGAUUAUGAAUUUAGAGUUGUUGCUGUCAAUAACAUUGGACGAGGCCCAGCAAGUGAGCCUGUGUUAACUCAGACCUCAGAACAAGCACCAUCCAGUGCCCCACGGGAUGUUCAGGCACGCAUGUUGAGCUCUACCACCAUUCUGGUACAGUGGAAGGAACCUGAGGAGCCAAAUGGACAGAUCCAAGGGUAUAGAGUUUAUUAUACAAUGGACCCCACUCAGCAUGUCAACAACUGGAUGAAACACAAUGUAGCUGAUAGCCAAAUCACUACUAUUGGCAAUUUAGUACCCCAAAAAACAUACUCUGUCAAAGUCCUGGCUUUUACCUCAAUUGGAGAUGGUCCUCUUUCUAGCGAUAUACAAGUCAUCACUCAGACAGGAGUACCAGGGCAGCCACUAAACUUCAAAGCAGAACCUGAAUCUGAAACAAGUAUUUUGCUGUCUUGGACACCGCCACGAUCAGAUACCAUUGCCAGCUAUGAACUAGUCUACAGAGAUGGGGAUCAAGGAGAAGAGCAGCGAAUCACCAUUGAGCCAGGUACAUCUUAUAGGCUUCAAGGGCUGAAACCAAACAGCCUGUACUACUUCCGUCUGUCUGCACGCUCUCCUCAAGGCCUGGGUGCUUCUACAGCUGAAAUAUCAGCUAGAACCAUGCAAUCAAAGCCAUCAGCUCCUCCUCAAGAUAUUAGUUGUACCAGCCCAAGUUCCACUAGUAUUUUGGUAAGUUGGCAACCUCCACCAGUGGAAAAACAGAAUGGCAUUAUCACUGAAUACUCCCUCAAGUAUGCUGCAGUGGAUGGGGAAGACUACAAGCCUCAUGAGAUUUUGGGAAUUCCUUCGGAUACUACCAAAUACCUUUUGGAACAGCUGGAAAAAUGGACUGAAUACCGGAUCACUGUGACUGCCCACACAGAUGUCGGCCCUGGCCCUGAGAGCUUGUCCGUGUUGAUUCGAACCGAUGAAGAUGUUCCAAGUGGUCCUCCUCGAAAAGUCGAGGUGGAGGCUGUCAACGCCACAGCUGUUAAAGUCUCGUGGCGCUCACCUGUGCCCAAUAAGCAGCAUGGCCAGAUAAGAGGAUAUCAGGUGCACUAUGUGAAAAUGGAAAAUGGCGAGCCGAAGGGCCAGCCCAUGCUGAAGGAUGUCAUGCUGGCUGAUGCACAGUGGGAAUUUGAUGAUACUACUGAACAUGACAUGAUCAUCUCUGGGCUACAGCCUGAAACUUCAUACUCCCUUACUGUCACAGCUUACACCACAAAAGGAGAUGGUGCUCGAAGCAAGCCCAAGCUAGUGUCCACCACUGGGGCAGUUCCAGGGAAACCCAGGCUCGUGAUUAACCACACCCAAAUGAAUACUGCACUCAUUCAAUGGCACCCCCCUGUGGACACAUUUGGACCCCUUCAGGGCUACCGACUAAAGUUUGGCAGGAAAGACAUGGAGCCACUCACUACUCUGGAGUUCUCUGAGAAAGAAGAUCACUUCACAGCCACAGAUAUCCACAAGGGUGCAUCAUAUGUCUUUAGACUCUCCGCCAGAAACAAAGUGGGCUUCGGGGAGGAAAUGGUGAAAGAAAUUUCCGUUCCAGAAGAAAUACCAACUGGAUUCCCUCAAAACCUCCACUCAGAAGGCACCACUUCAACCUCUGUUCAGUUAUCGUGGCAACCACCUGUCCUAGCAGAGAGAAAUGGAGUUAUCACCAAGUAUACCCUCCUGUAUAGGGAUAUCAACGUUCCUCUUCUUCCAAUGGAGCAUCUUAUUGUUCCAGCUGACACUUCUAUGACACUCACUGGCUUAAAAUCAGAUACUACAUAUGAUGUAAAAGUACGUGCUCACACGAGCAAAGGGCCCGGGCCAUAUAGUCCCAGUGUCCAGUUCAGGACACUGCCUGUGGAUCAAGUGUUUGCAAAAAAUUUUCAUGUCAAAGCAGUUAUGAAGACUUCAGUGCUGCUGUCUUGGGAGAUUCCAGAGAAUUAUAAUUCUGCUAUGCCUUUCAAAAUUCUUUAUGAUGAUGGGAAAAUGGUGGAAGAAGUGGAUGGCCGAGCUACCCAGAAGCUGAUUGUUAACCUGAAGCCUGAGAAGUCAUAUUCCUUUGUGUUAACCAAUCGUGGGAACAGUGCUGGUGGAUUGCAGCAUAGGGUAACAGCAAAGACUGCCCCAGAUGUGCUCCGCACCAAGCCUGCCUUCAUCGGGAAGACAAACUUGGAUGGCAUGAUUACUGUGCAACUGCCUGAUGUUCCUGCAAAUGAAAACAUAAAGGGUUAUUACAUUAUAAUUGUGCCUUUGAAGAAGUCGCGUGGGAAAUUCAUCAAGCCCUGGGAGAGCCCUGAUGAGAUGGAGUUGGAUGAGCUGCUUAAGGAGAUAUCUAGAAAACGCAGAAGCAUUCGUUAUGGAAGAGAAGUUGAAUUAAAGCCAUAUAUUGCUGCUCACUUUGAUGUCCUUCCCACUGAGUUCACCCUGGGGGAUGACAAACAUUAUGGUGGAUUUACGAACAAACAACUCCAAAGUGGACAAGAAUAUGUCUUCUUUGUGUUAGCAGUGAUGGACCAUGCAGAGUCUAUGUAUGCAACCAGCCCAUACUCCGACCCUGUUGUGUCAAUGGAUCUGGAUCCACAGCCAAUCACAGAUGAAGAGGAAGGCUUGAUAUGGGUCGUAGGUCCUGUCCUUGCAGUGGUGUUUAUCAUCUGUAUUGUGAUUGCUAUUCUUCUUUAUAAAAGUAAACCUGACAGGAAGAGGGCAGAGUCGGAGUCCAGAAAGAGCAGCUUACCAAACAGUAAGGAGGUACCUUCACACCACCCAACCGACCCAGUAGAACUGAGGCGCCUUAACUUUCAAACACCAGGUUCAGAUGAUUCCGGUUACCCUGGUAACCUUCAUUUUUCAAGUAUGGCUAGCCAUCCUCCAAUACCUAUCUUGGAACUUGCAGAUCAUAUUGAGAGGUUGAAAGCAAAUGAUAACCUGAAGUUUUCCCAGGAAUAUGAGUCAAUUGACCCUGGCCAGCAGUUCACGUGGGAACACUCAAACUUGGAAGUAAACAAACCAAAGAACAGAUAUGCAAAUGUCAUUGCAUAUGAUCACUCCCGGGUUCUCUUAUCAGCAAUAGAAGGAAUCCCAGGAAGUGACUAUGUGAAUGCCAACUACAUAGAUGGCUAUAGGAAACAAAAUGCCUAUAUUGCAACCCAGGGAUCUCUUCCUGAAACGUUUGGGGACUUUUGGAGAAUGAUAUGGGAGCAACGAAGUGCCACAGUUGUCAUGAUGACAAAGCUAGAAGAAAGGUCGAGGGUGAAGUGUGACCAGUAUUGGCCCAGCAGAGGCACAGAAACUCACGGGCUGGUCCAGGUGACGCUGCUGGAUACUGUGGAGCUUGCCACAUACUGUGUCCGGACAUUUGCACUUUAUAAGAAUGGAUCGAGUGAGAAGAGAGAAGUGAGACAAUUCCAGUUCACCGCCUGGCCUGAUCAUGGUGUUCCAGAGCACCCCACACCUUUCCUAGCUUUCUUACGGAGAGUCAAAACCUGCAAUCCUCCAGAUGCAGGGCCAAUGGUUGUACACUGCAGUGCCGGUGUUGGCAGAACUGGCUGUUUCAUUGUAAUAGAUGCCAUGUUAGAAAGAAUAAAGCAUGAAAAAACUGUAGAUAUUUAUGGCCAUGUAACUUUAAUGAGAGCCCAGAGGAAUUACAUGGUGCAAACAGAAGACCAGUACAUCUUUAUCCAUGAUGCACUGUUAGAAGCAGUGACAUGUGGAAAUACCGAAGUGCCGGCUAGAAACUUGUAUGCCUACAUUCAGAAGCUGACACAAAUAGAAACAGGGGAGAAUGUCACCGGAAUGGAGCUCGAAUUUAAGCGUCUAGCCAGCUCAAAAGCUCACACCUCAAGAUUCAUCAGUGCCAAUCUUCCAUGUAAUAAAUUCAAAAACCGCCUUGUUAAUAUUAUGCCAUAUGAAUCCACAAGGGUGUGCCUGCAGCCUAUCCGAGGAGUUGAAGGCUCUGAUUACAUCAAUGCCAGUUUCCUUGAUGGAUAUAGACAACAGAAAGCCUACAUUGCUACCCAAGGGCCCUUAGCAGAGACAACUGAAGACUUUUGGCGCAUGCUUUGGGAACACAACUCCACCAUCGUUGUGAUGCUCACCAAGCUGAGAGAAAUGGGCAGAGAGAAAUGUCACCAGUACUGGCCAGCUGAACGAUCUGCAAGAUACCAGUAUUUUGUUGUAGAUCCCAUGGCUGAAUAUAACAUGCCUCAGUAUAUCCUGAGGGAAUUCAAGGUCACGGAUGCCAGGGAUGGCCAGUCCCGAACAGUGAGGCAGUUCCAGUUCACUGACUGGCCAGAACAAGGAGUGCCAAAGUCUGGAGAAGGAUUUAUUGACUUCAUUGGCCAAGUCCAUAAAACAAAGGAACAGUUUGGCCAAGAUGGGCCCAUUUCGGUGCAUUGCAGUGCCGGCGUUGGAAGAACUGGAGUUUUCAUAACAUUGAGUAUUGUGUUGGAAAGAAUGAGAUAUGAAGGGGUGGUAGAUAUCUUCCAGACAGUCAAAAUGUUAAGAACACAACGACCAGCCAUGGUACAAACAGAGGAUCAAUACCAGUUCUGCUAUCGAGCCGCACUAGAAUACCUGGGCAGCUUUGAUCACUAUGCAACGUAGAAACCCCUGACCCCUUCUGGAUUUUUACUACAGGCCCUUCGCUAUCCAUGGAGUCUCUUCUGAGCCAUACAGGGCACUUGAGAAGUCCUUCUUAACUUCUAGCUAACAGCCACUUAGUGGGACUAUUACAAAACAAAAAAACAAACUCUUCCAAGUGGACCAAGAAUUCACAGUUUAAUCAUCUAACCUGAAAAAUAAUAACAAGAAUCCUGACUUAGGAGGCAUCUGAAGAAUUUUAUUUACAGAUACCUCAAGGAUUCACAAUAAAGGGAAGAAGAAAUGACAGCAAAGAACCACCAUCUUGUUCAGGAUUGCUUGAUAGGGACAGAGAGAGCUUGCCUGUGGGCCUCAGUUCAGCACAAGGAAUUUGCUGGUGUGGCUGCUCACAUAAGGUGGACUCUGCUUCAACAUCACCCCUUUCCCCGUGCCACUCAUACUUACAUUUUAGGGGUAAGGGUGGGGAUGUUUAGAAAAAGAAAGUCCUUGAUUUCAUUUUUAUGUUGUAAAGAUUCUGCUGACCUGUGCUUCAUUUCUAACUAUGUAAACUUUUUUUUAAACAAAAUGUAUCAUUCGAUAAAGUAAACUUAUAACGUUAAGUAAUUCUUCAUAUUUUUUUUAUUUCUAAAUUCUAGGUCUUUUUAAGCUGUAGAAUGGUUAUCUGUAAUAUCUUACUGUAGAAAUAUUGAAUAAUUUGAAACUUUGCACAUUUUUGUGCAAUGCUCAGUCUACAGUACCUGUCUCAACAGCUAUUACUCACAUGUUUUGUUUUGAUUAACUGAUGAGAAAGUGCCCAUUCUCUGCAAGCUUCAAGGGGAAUUUUGUUUUGCAUUGUUUUCUUUUAGGAAUCAACAGGGAGGCGCAAAGUAUAAAGUUGCUGCUAACAUGUAUAUAUACAUAGAUAUCUAUAUUUUAAGGGUAUCUAUGAAUAUAUAGACAGUAUGUCCACACAAAGAUUUAACUGCCAUUCGGUUCCUCCAUGGUUUAGGUUUUUGGGGGUUUUUUGUUUGUUUGUUUUAAUUUUUUUAUUUUUAAGUAUAGAAAGCGAUUGUAAACAUCUAUUCAAGUUACUUUUAGUAUUGUGAAACUUUAAUUUGUAAAGGGAAUUGAGGAGUGCACAUCAUUGAUUAUUGAGCCUCGCCCGUAACUUUCCGGCCUUGUAUUCCCCCUUCUAUCCAACCAUAUCCACAAAUACUGUUUUGUUAGCCAGGCUUCCGACAAAAUUCAAUAUUUCUAACACUCUAGUGCAAUAACAAUUGUUAAAUAUCUAAAAGGUGUGCAUGUGGGAAAGGUCAGUGCAUAUCCCUUUAGGAGGGAAGAAUGUUGUAAUAUAUCAGCUAUCAAGUUGUUGGGUUUUUUUUAAAAAAGUAUAUUCAAUCAUAUAUUGUCUAUAGUACGUGCUAUGAAAUUUGCAUUUAUUAUAUGUAACAGGGGCAAAGCCAAACUCAUGUUACUCUUUUCAGUCAGAAACAUGUUGUGGCAGCGGCGUUCCUGGGAGGCGCUGUGCUGUUUCAUUCGGUUUUAGUUCUGCAUUUAGAGUGCCUUAUAAUUGAUACCUAUUUUAAUAACAUUUCUUUUUAUCUUUCGGUUCUGAUUUCCAUUAGAUGUUCACAUCUGUUUCUCUUUCAAUUAAAACAUUGUCUGUCCACCACAUGUAUACAAACUCUUUGAAUAAUAUGCAUUCCUAGUUUUCAGCCAAGUGGGGGAUGUUAGUGACUGUACCAGCCCAAAGCACUUGGAUAAUCAGGGCCUCUCCUUUCCUCAUUGUCACAUCAGGAAGAGCAACUUGGUUCACUUCAGAUCCCUUCCAAAUCUGCUCCGGAGCAUGCAGUAACCACCAGUCUUACUUAUAGAAACAACUUCGGGAUAUAUUUGAUAUUCCAUUAGGAUUUUUCUGAAAGGGGCAAUAAAUUAUAUAUAUAUAUAUAUAUAUAUAUAUAUAUAUAUAUAUACAUGUAUGUAUCUCCCCAAACAUUUCCAUAGGAAGCCAUGGAUGAUGGCAUGAGUUUGCCACAUGCUAUAUGAUUUUAAAGUACCCUCCACAAAUACUGAAUACUCUGAAAGAGUUUUGAUACAGGUGUAAUAUUUUGGUUUAAUUUUAGCUUCAUGAUGGUCUGCAUGGAAGGGCAUUUGGUUUCACAUCUUCCCAUCACUAGCAGAAUAAAAUCCUAGAGACCAAACACUUGCAACGAUCAUAUUUGAGCAUCUUUUUUUUGUAAAAAAACCAAAAAACAAAAAACAAAAAUUAAAAAAAAAUGAACAAAAACAAAAAAAGAGAAAAAAUAGAAGUAUAUAUAUAAUACUAAAAAAAGAAACUAGAAGGCUACCUCAGAAUGAGACUCUCUAACCUACAUCAGAACCAGAUAGAAUGUGCACUGUGUGAGUCUAUUGUUUUCUUUUCACUUGUACCAUUGAAGGUUUAUCCAAGUGCCCGGUUGCUCAGUGCUGUGAUUUUUGUUUUAAGUGAAACAAGGGAGGUCAGAUAGGUUAUUGUGUCAUCUAGACAUGCCAUUUUGGACAUGUUGGAUCUAAUGGAAUAUCACACACCAGAAUGACUGGCCAGUGAGCUGUUUGUCUCUCGGCAACAAAACUGCCUGUAUGGCAGGAACAAUGACAGUAAUCCGCAAAAGAAAUGGAUGGGACGUGUCUUGCAGGAGGAUGAGGUGGGCGUUACUCCAGAAUCAGGAGCUGGUCCUAGAACUAACUCCCCACUGUCACUGAUGUGCAUUCCACUCUACUUUGCUUUAUGACCAUUCAAGUUUAAUUUCCCAGGCAAACAUCAGUAUCUACCAUUACCAUAGACAUCAAAGUUUCCAGUUAUUUUCAUCAUCAUAACCAGUACGGUGCUAUUAUUUACCUAUGUAUGUGUAGUUAUGUAUAAUUUUGUAAUUAGUUACAAUGGUAAAAUAUCAAAUAUAUAAAAGUGAUUUGUACAGAACUUUAUUUUAGCUCUUUUUUAAAAAUGGUUUGCAUGGUUAGACAAGGCAAGGACAGCCAGGGGAGGGAAGGGCCUCUAGGGAACUUCGCACUUUCUACACCUUUGUACUAUGCACUGCCCUAUUGAUUCUACACCCAAUAAUGUUAUUACUUGAACCCAUCUGUAAGGAACUGCUUCAGAAGUUCAUUUAUGUGUCUGUGGAAAACAACACAUCACAGCAGGAAAGGAAAAAAUGCCUAGUAGCACACACAGUUUUUUUCUUUCCUGUUGAGUUUUGGGUUAGCUUUGUUUCAGUCUUUCUUGUCAUUUUAAAAUUCCCUUCCCAUUUUUUCUCCUUUGGUUUUGAUUUCCAUUGGGUAUAUGGGUGCCCUGAUACUCCAGCAGAGGUCAGAAGGCUACAGAUCCAUCCUAUCCAUCCGUUACAUGGCUUUGCCAUACAAGCUUGGAGUGUCUUUACAAAGAUAACAGUUGUGUUCUUUGCUCUCGUUUUGGAUGCAUAGACUGAAAAUUCAAAAAAAAAUAACUUGUAAAAUGGCUUGUUAAAAAAAUACAAUUACCUCUAAUUAGUAGUACGCGUAAGUGUUUUACAGAAUGAAAGGCGUGCUUUUUAUUUUCUUACUUCGUUACAUUGGUGGCGAAAGAAGUCUGUAUGAAAAUCAGUUCUUUGCUGACACAGGUUCCAUUUGUUACAAAUGAAUUCUAAUAAAAAUGUCAGUGUUAUGCAG